CAUCGGCCAGGUUGAAAGGCAACGGGCUCGGCUGCACUGGCUACGCGACACGGAUUUGCCUGUUCUCGUGACUCGUCUCCCGCUACGUACCGCCGCCAGCUAAGGCAAACUGUCUUCCGGCUUGCUCCGAACAUGAUGAGGACAUUGAUGUGUUUGACGCCUGCCGCUACGUGGCGGGGGAUGGCCAGAGUCGCCCAACUUCUAAAGAUCCAAGGACGGACCUGCGGACGGUACAGUAAGAUGAAUUUGUUUUUGAGUUUGCGGCUAGGCAGAGGGAUAAUCACUGCAAGUCGGGAGGGCGAUGAUGUCGACGAGUGCGCACAAAGAGAGGUUCAUCGACGCUCCGCUGCGAAAUGGCGGGGUUAUAUUGAUCUCCCGUCCAACGAGCGUCGACACGAUGUCUUCCGUAGCGCGACAGUCCGCCCUGGGUCGCGCUUGGGGAGAGAUAAGGCCUGAGAUGACCCUCUCGAAUUACGACAGACAAGUCGUGGGCUGCCGAGGCGAGGCCGCCGGGCCAAUGGCAGCCGCCGCUUUUCAGAUGAUGCGGCGUGGGCUGCAGCGGCAAUCUAGCCGGUGGAGCUC